CUGGAAUAGUACCUGCUACUCCUCACCUGAUCCUGAAGAGUCCCAUAAGAAAAAAUAGCCCUGAUUUCCCAGCCUCUCCACAUUUUAAACAACUACUGAGGCUACAGGGAUGUUUACUGUGUCCGAGUUCAAAUGGUUGACAGAUCCUCAGACAGCCUACCGCAUAUUAAAACCAUGGUGGGAUGUUUUUAGCCAUUACAUCUGCAUGGUGAUGCUCUUGAUUUCCCUGCUAGGAGGAACACUCCAGAUUGCUCAGAAUAAAAUGUUAUGCCUUCCUUGCAAGGUGGUUGUCAAUGAGUACUGCAAGGCCCCUUGGGAGAGUAAUAUUGGUACUUCAGUAAAUAAUACUCCUGUUCUAAGUGGAAUAAAGAACCUUCUCGACAAGCAGCAGUACGCAUACAUUGAUGCUGUGUGCUAUGAGAAGCAGCUUCAUUGGUUUUCCAAGUUCUUCCCCUACCUUGUGCUCUGGCAGACGCUGCUCUUUUUGAUUUGCAGCAACUUUUGGUUCAAGUACCCCAGCACCAGUUCAAGGCUCGAGCACUUCAUCACCAUUCUGCACAAGUGCUUUGACUCACCAUGGACAACACGGGCAUUGUCUGAGGCAGUCGAGAUCAGUGGCGAGAAGCAGUCUUACCGCAAAGCGAAGCAAAUAUCCAGACUAUCUUUCUCCAACUUAAACUUUGAAAUGGGUACCAAGUUUACAGUGAGCAGAGUGGAGCCCAAUCUUACCGAUGCCACCGAAAGAACUAUCCUGGACCGAAAGGAAGGGGAGCAAGCAAAAGCCAUCUUUGAAAAGGUGAAGAAGUUCAAAGCACAUGUUGAAGAAAAAGAUAUUGUCUACAAGUUGUAUAUGAGACAGAUUAUUUUCAAAGUGAUUCUAUUCAUUCUUAUUAUUUCAUAUAUUCCCUAUUAUAUUAUUGAGUUGCAUUUUGAUAUCAAUUGCAAUGUUGAUAUACAGAUAUUUACAGGAUAUCAACAGUAUCACUGUGUCCAUUCCUUGUCAACUAUAUUCAGAAUCUUAGCAUCUUUUUAUACAAUACUGGUUGUGUUACAUGGAUUUCUUAGUGUCUAUAGCCUAUACUGGAUGCUCAGACGCUCACUGAAGAAAUAUUCUUUUGAAACUGUUCGUGAGGAAAGUAGUUACAGGGACAUUCCAGACAUUAUAAAUGAUUUUGCUUUCAUUCUUCACUUAUCAGACCAAUAUGAUCCACUUUAUUCAAAGCGAUUCUCAGUCUUCCUCUCAGAGGUCAGUGAAAACAAGUUGAAGCAGAUUAACCUUAAUCUGGAGUGGACAGCAGAAAGAUUAAGGUAUAAACUGCAGAAGACCCCUCAAGACAAGAUGGAGUUGUACCUGUUCAUGUUAAGCGGACUCCCAGAUGCUGUCUUUGAACUGAAAGAACUUGAAGUGCUAAAAUUGGAGCUCCUAACUGAAGCCAAAUUCCAAGCAGCAAUGUCUCAGCUUACCAACCUUAAGGAGUUGCACCUUUACCACACACCAACCACAGUGGAACCGCAGGCAUUGAAUUGCUUAUCUGAAAAUCUACAAACAUUGUACAUCAAGUUCACUGACAUGGAUAAAAGCCCACGUUGGAUAUUUAAUCUAAAGAAUCUGACAGAACUUCAUUUAGCUGGUAACUUAAAAAUGGAAAAGAAUCACUUUGUGUCCUUAAGCGGACUUGAGAACCUAAAGAACUUAAAAGUUCUAUACAUGAAAAAUAGUCUUCCUCACAUUCCAGCAGUGGUAACUGGGUCAGGACUCCCCUUAAACAAACUGUCUAUUGAUAAUGAAGGUACCAAACUAACUGUGUUCAACACAUUGAAGAAUAUGAUAAACCUCACAAACCUUGAACUCCUUUACUGUGACCUAGAGCGCAUUCCGCAUUCUAUUUUUAGCUUGUACAAUCUACGUGAAAUUGAUCUAAAAGGCAACAGGCUUAAGACAAUAGAAGAAAUUAUUAGUUUCCAGCAUCUAAAAUGGCUUUCUUGCCUUAAACUUUGGCACAAUGCUAUUGCAUAUAUACCAGUGCAAAUUGGGACACUAUCAAAUCUGGAGCAGCUGUACCUUAACAAUAACAGAAUUGAAAGUGUACCACCACAACUUUUUUUAUGUCGCAAAUUACGAUAUUUGGACUUAAGCAAUAAUCACUUGACUUCUUUUGGCGAUGAGAUCGGUAAUCUGAAACAUCUUCAAUAUCUUAACGUAUCCAACAAUAAUAAUUCCUACCCAAUGGACUAUUUCAGUGCCACAAUCUACGGACAUUGCUGUUGGGAAAGAACAGCUUGACAGUAUUAUCACCUCUAGUGGGUGAUUUGGAGAACCUUGUAUUUUUGGAACUUAUUGGAAACCAGUUUGAGAUCCUACCUGAAGAACUAGGCCGGUGUAAUUUUAAACCAAGUGGCCUUAUUGUGGAAGAGUCAGUCUUUAAUACAUUACCAGCGUCUGUAAGAGAAUAUUUGCUAAAAAAUGAUUUAGAGCAAGUGUAAUCAAAUCUUAUGCUAAAAUCGGCUAGUGUUUGUCAAGAAUAUGGGAGGAAAUAUUCAACUACCGUCGUCAGUGAGGACUUUGGCUCAUAGCCUCAUGCAUUUCUCAUUACUGAAGACCAACAGAUAUCAGCUAUCAGACAGUUAUCUGUCAGGUAUCCAGAACAACUUUGUAUUAUAAAUAAAUGACUAAUUUAGAUAUGUAGGUGGAUAAAACAAUUCCUGAGGAGUAUUAGAAGAAGAAGAGAUCAUUAAGUGGUAGAAAGGAAAAGAUUUGAAUAUUGAUCAAGAAACCAAAAGUGACAAAUAUUGUGAUGUUGAUUUAGCCACUCUCAGUAUAAGCCGAAUUAGCUUGUUGAUUGACGCUCUUUGAUGUUAC